CGGCGCCUGUCGACUGCCGAUACGGCUGAUGCGAGGGGUGGUUACUUUCGAGUAGCUUGACGUGCCUCUGUCUGCUCGAAGUCCGUACACUUUUCGAGUUGCAUAUGUUUUAAAGGAUAGCUAUGCACUUUGCAAAUGACGACGAUGAUGUUGAUUUCACAGUGCAGCCUGGAAGCUCGAAACUUGCAAACCUCUUUUCUGACAACGACGCUGCGAAAGCCGGUAAUAGUUCACUAACUUACACGCCUCCGAGGCAACCAUCCGUCGGCAAAACUACUGAUAAACAGUCAUCGUCUGGCACCUUAUCACUACUACAUGCUGCUGUUGUCCAGGCAUUCAAGUACGAAGGAAAACAGCCAAGCAACCAGGGAAAGCUAGGCAUUGCAGUGCUAGGAAACCAUGAUACAUCAAAUUACAAGCUUAUUUUAUACAAAGAGAAGCAGCAACAGUUGGCUGUUGCUGCAAUUAAUGCACAAUUUACGAUCAGGGUACAGGGCAACAACUUCUUGAGCUUUGUUGAUGAAAAGCGAUUCAACUGGUCUGUGAAGUUUGACAGCGAAGAAGCACUCAUCAAUUUUGCAAAGCAGGCCAUCAUAGCCAAGGCAGAAAGUCAUGGGGCCGCUCUUGUCAACCUGGAUAACAUCAUAAGCCAGGACCUAAUCCUUGGUGAAGCUGAAAGCGAGGCCCUCAAAAUUGGCAGUACAGCAGUCAUUAAAUACACUGCUUGGGUGUUACGGGAGCACCGCCUCAAAAAGGUCCUUGACACUACUGACAUUGAUGAGCCACAGAAGCUCAAGCUUGGCAGAGGAAAACAAGUCAAGGGUUUGGAGGAGGGCCUUGUCGGAUGCAGGAAGAAUUCUCGCCGGUUUCUUGUGCUGCCUCCGUCGCAUGGUUAUGGCUCCAAAGGCUUGGGGACCACUGUACCACCAAACGCUGUUCUGGUGUUCGAUGUCUCUGUUGGCUCCAUUAUCAAGUCAAAGUCUGCUACAAAGGACAGCACGCCACGAUCAUCCACCCCAGUUUCUGUUCCAGCUGAGGACGCUGAGAGAAAAGAAUCUAGGAGUCAUUCACACGGCAGUGUGGAUGAACCAGCCCGUUCGCGAGCACCUUCUGCUCCCCCAGACUGGCCACCACAGCAGCUAGCCACCAAUCCAGCCGUGGCUCCAGCAACAGCAGUAGUCAGUGGUGGCGAGAGUGACAAGGCACGGCUCCUUUCACGCAUAGCCAGGAUGGGGGCCCAAAUGCUACCUAUGCCUGGAGCUGUCCCGGCUCAGCCCAGCAGUGACUCCGAAGGGGAGGAUGAUCGGUCACGAGUGGCUCACCAGGUUCCAGCAGCGGUGCCUUUGCCACAACCCACUGCUAGAGAAGGCUCCCCCAAGCCAGUGGUGAAGCCACGUACCUUCUCGCAGCACUCCUUAGGAGAUGCAGUUUCGCAUCCAACUCCAGUUCCACCUACACUCCAGCCCAUGGUCAACUCUUAUGCCUCAGGGCCAGCAGCCCCCACCAUGCCUGCAACCCCACACAUGGCCCUGUACCAAGCGCAGAGCCAGCUUGCACAGAGUGCACUGGCUGCCUACCCAUAUCAGCAGCAGGGCCUCCUACUGCCACCAGGAGCACACACCUACUCUGCUGCCAUGCCUUCAGCCGCAAGUGUAGCAGCUGACAUGCAGCUGCCCUUGCUACUGUCAGAGACACGCUCACAGAAUACGGAAGUCCGACUGAACAUUUCCAAGCUAGCCGACAAGGUGGAUGAGAUCCUCAGAAAGCUGGAUGCGGCGAAGUCCCAGCUGCCUUCAGCUCCACUACUGGGCUCCAACAUGGACAGCGAUGUACUGCUUUACAACAUCCAGAGGAUGGUCCAGGACAAUGAGAAGCUGAAAAAUGAUAACUGCGAGAAAGACCAAAAGAUCCAAGGACUUACUGAGAAGAUUUGUGACCUGCUACAGAAAAACCAGAGGCUGAUGGAGGAGAGUAACAGCAUGUUUGAGCAGAGGAGUGAUGCUAUGCACAGUUCUGCAGCCCAUUCCCAGGCACGCCUCUUGGCUUUAGAAACUGAAAAGAUGGAGGUGACCGAGCGCUUGACCCAGGCACUCUCUGAGCUGUCUUUGCUAAGAGCUGAGCUGAGCGAAAGGCAGCAGAAGGAGUCCCAGGAACUCGAGGGGCUCCGUAGUGCAUCUGAAGGUAAAGAAGGCACUUUGAAGUCAUUGGAGGACAGACUGAUGAAGGAAGCAGAGCAACAGAGAAAACAGUUUGAAGAAGCAAUAGAAACUUAUGAGAAGAAGUUGGCAGCUUGCAACGAAAUGCAUGUCACAAAGGAUUCUGCGGCCGAGAAUCUUAAGCAGAGCCUUGCUUCAUGUAAUAAAGAGUGCAGCGAACUUCAGACUCAAAUUCAUCAGCUUAAAAGGAAACACAAGGAAGAAAUUGAUUCACUUGAAUCAAGGAUUUCCCAGCUAAUUGGUGAAGCAGAAUCAAAGUGCCAAGAGUUAGAAAAGCAGAAGCAGCUGCAGCAAGAAAAUCAAGCUUCUGGUGCUGCCAGCACAUCUGCCACAGCUUCCUUUAAUUUUGAAGCUGAGCUGAAAAAAAUUAUGAACGUGCUAUUCAAGCUGCUUCAGCGAGAGUUCAGCAGUCAAGAAACCUACUCAAGGAAGGAGGCCAUGCAAAUCAUUCUCGCCACUAUCAGGGAAUACACAACAGAAGUCCUGCAGAGGAGACAAGCACCUUCUGCCAGUAACAGUGGCACUAGCAGGAGUUCCCCUGCAUCCACCGCCAGUAGUAGCACUGGCAGCCCAUCAGCCAGUGGCACCACUAGCGCCACUACUAGUGCUCUCACUAGUGCUCCCACUAGUGAGGCUGCUGCACCACAGCUUUCAAAAAACCUUGAUGAAACUGGAAAACAAGAAGGCAAGAACAAUGGAAGCCUUGACACUCCUGCAACAGAAGAGCCUUUGUCAGAGGCACCCACGGGGCCAGCUGGCAAUGUUGUGUCUGGUCAUCACAGCAAGCGCCCGGAGCACGCACCUGAGGAUUCUCAUUCGAAAAAGUCUGUUGACAAGAUAGCUGAAACAGCUGAAGAACCUGGGCAGCAUAAAGCGCCCGUCACGCAAGCUGGCGAUGAGAAGGAGACGGGAGACAGUACCAAAGAAGGGGCAUCGGGCGAUGCAAGAUUAUCUAGUUCAGCUGAAGGUAAGACUGGACCAGAACCUCCAGCUCAGAGCGAGAGUGUUCAGCCACAGGACUGGAGUGGCAAGAAGCAUAGGGGUGGUGCUCUGUGGUUUCCUCAUUUCUGCUCCACUGUCCUACAAAUCGAUCUGCUUCAUUAUUCCUGGAAGCCACAACCACCACCACCUCCACUCUUCGAUGAAUAUGAAGAUGAUGAUUGGUUGAACUGACUUACCUUGGCCACUCGCGGACAGUUGUGAUUGGAACACUUCCAUGACUUCCUUUUCUAUUUGGGCAGUUAUCGCAAAGCCUGUGCUGCACUGUUAUAUGGGACACAAGUCAGUGCAAGCUGUAGCACAGAGACCUCAGCAAGUCUGAUAGGGAGCAACACUUAGCCUUUGUUUGAACUGUAGUCUUCUCGUGACAUUUUAUGCCAAGAUAUAUGCUAUAUAUACAUGGAAAGCACAUUUUACUAAGGCAUGUACGUAUUUACUUGUGUCAGUCAAUAUAUUUAAAUGUACAAAUACAUUUUGGAUAAACACUUUAGACAAGCUU